AUGGGGUACAGAACUCUCUUCUUUGCACUGUCUUUUAUUCUCUUUGCUUAUUAUAUUCACAUACCCAUGCCGGAAGGCAUUGAUGAUCACUGGAGACUGGCUGUCAUAGAUGCCACUAUACAGAUUGUUUCAAAUCUGGCUAAGUUAACUGAAGAAAUAGGUCUUAUGAAAUAUGUUGAAUUCCUUAGAAGAACAAUGAGUCUGCACCUUACAAACCCAAUUUCAGAUGAAAACCUUACAGUGAUUGAUGUGGACUUCGGGGACAUCCCUGUUCGCCUGUACUUGCCUAAAAGGACAUCAGAGAGACAGAGACCUGCUGUGAUUUACUUUCAUGGUGGUGCUUAUGUAAUGUCAAGUUGUAAGUUGUCAGGCUACGACUUCCUGAACCGAUGGACAGCAACGAAGCUUGACGCUGUGGUUGUGGGAGUGGAAUACAGACUUGCUCCAAAAUAUCUAUUCCCAGUCGCCAUUGAAGAUUCGAUUUCCGUGGUCAAGUUCUUUUUGCAGGCUAAAGUUCUUGCAAAAUAUGGAGUCGAUCCGGCUCGCAUCUGCUUCUCAGGGGAUAGUUCUGGAGGAACAUUGGCAGCAGCAGUGUCUCUCGUGCUACAGAAUGAUCCAAAAUUUAAACACAAAAUUAAGGCUCAAGCCUUAAUUUACCCUGGCCUUCAGAUAAUUGAUACCUUCAUGCCUUCUCAUAAAUUAUAUCAGCAUGGUCCUCUUCUAUCACGGGAGAUGACAUUUCGAUUGCUGACCCCUUAUAUGGCUGAUGACAACAUACUCUACAAGGCAAUUUUGAACAACCAACACAUGCCUGAAGGGUCAAGGCAUGUCUUCAAGUUUGUCAACUGGAGUACCUUUCUUCCUGAAAAGUAUAAAAAGAAUCAAGUUUAUACUGAACCAAUUCUGGGAAAACUAAAUGCUUCAUAUCCAGCCCUUCUGGAUAGCAGGAUGUCCCCUUUGCUGGCCACUGAUGCCCAGUUACGGAAUUUGCAGUUAACUUACAUGCUCACUUGUGAGCAUGAUCUUCUUAGAGAUGAUGGGCUUAUUUAUGUUGCACGACUUAGAAAAGUUGGGGUUCAGGUUACUCAUGAACAUCUAGAGAAUGGGUACCAUGGAGCUCUGUCCUUUGCAACUGCACCAUUUAAUUUGAAACUAGCCUUGAAAAUCAGAGAUAUGUAUAUUACCUGGUUAAAAAACAAUCUAUAA